AUGUCAGAACAUGUUAUGAGGAAAAGUGGUGUUCAUGGUUAUGAAGGAGCCUGGUUAAGUCGUUGGACUCAGAGUGGCGGUAGAUUCGAAUUACAGGCUCAUCAUAGUAACCGAAAUGCCAAGUGCUCUACGAUUAUUAACUUGCAAGAAGAUGGUCAUCAACUAUCGAAAGGUUCCACAAGUUCCAUGAAACUAAAAGGAAAAAUCUUGAGUGGGUGUCUUGAUCUAUCUCCUAAUCCUGACCUGAACAAAAGACCGCUUAUUGUUGGGGACAGAGGAAAUUCCAUAGAUGGGGAAGAAGGAGAAACAAGCAGCUCAGCUACUAAGAGUAUGGAUGCGAAAGACUUUCUAAGCGACAACACCAACAUGUUCAAAGAGGGUAAGCGUAUACGUUUGGACCCUGAAACCACCGACAGUAGAUCAAAUGUCAAACGUCUCAAGUCAAAUGCCUUGGAUGAUUAUACCGGAAAUGAAACCAAGAGCAUGAUUGUUGUCAAAGGACCAUCAGGGGAGAAGGUGAGCUACUUCUUCCACAGAAUCUUGAAAUGUGAAAUCAACAAACCCUUCCGGCCACAGAUCAAAAGUCUGAACAUGGGAAGAGGAGAAGAAGAAAAAGAGAAUGUAAUGCUUCACCCAUGGAUUCAGAGAUGGUCUGGGAAAAAAGCUGCAGAGACUCAUGUGCAAGGAGGUGAUCGAAAGGGCACCGUGCUAGAGAAGCAGUUUCCAAGUGUUGCAGCAAUGGCAUUGAUGGGGAAGGCUCUCAGAAGGUUCAAACCUGAGUGGUCUUAG